CCCUAGAAUCCCUAGAAACUCUAGAAUUUUCUAGCUUUGCCCUUGUGCCCCGUUCCGAAGAGACGUCAGAGAAAAGAGCUUCAUGACUCGAGUUUAGACACGCGACUUUUGAGAUAAUUUUGCGGAUGAAACUUUUUGCUUAUACAGUUUUUUAAAAGGUUUUUUUUCCUGGGUAUAAUUUUGUUUUGGUGUUGCGUUGUUUUUAGUCUUUUUGAAAUCAUACUCUGCAUCUACUUUGGACUUCCUUCGACUUGCAGGAAUAGGAAGUUGCGUAUAUACGAGGAACGUCUCCUAAAUCGAAUUAUAUCAACAAAAACAAAAAAAACAGAGAGAAAACAAUCAAAGUCAAAAUGUCAAUCGCCGACCCAGAAACUCAGUCCUCAUCCUCACCUCCAGCCUCAGCAACCCCUCCUUUCCAAUUUCACCAAUUCUCGCUCCUCCCUCUCGAGCUCCAGCGUAAAAUCUGGCGUGCCCUAUUUCCUCCUUCCCGCACCAUAUCCCUCUCAUACAACAUCACCUCCUCAGAAGCUCUCUCUUCACCACCACCCAUAACGCUCAGUAUCUGCUCCGAAUCACGUGCCGAAACCCUCCUCCUCUACACUCUAAUAUAUCGAUGCGAAUUUUCCGGAUCCCGUGGGAAAACAGGUGGAAAUUGUGGCAUUCUUCUCAGUAAAGCGAUGAGACAACCAAUUUGUAUUGAUCCCUCAAUUGAUAUCGUUGGCUUUUCCGCCGGAGAUUUAUGUGGGACGGAAAACGUAAAGGCGAGAAGGAGAUUCGUAGAGUGGAUGCGAUUUUUAGACGGAGUUGAUAAGAGAAUUUUAAGGAGAACGAGAGGAAUAGAGUUAAUGGGACUGGAUUGGGAAAAUACCAUGUAUGUGCAUCUGAAGUAUCAGGAGGAGCUCAGAUGUAAGGAGAUGGGAGAAGAAUAUGAGGGUCAAGGGGGAGUGGAGUGUUGGGAGGAGCUGAAUUAUGGGGCCUUGGUUAGGUUUGCAGGGUUGCGUGAAGUGAGGUGUAGAUAUAAGCAUGUGGAGUAUAUGGGGAAUUUUGAGGACCAGUUGAAGAAAUUCUUGGGGUUUCAUCGGGAGGUUUGGGGUGGAACCGUCCCUUCUGUUAAGCGUGCGGUGUGAAUGGCGUCGGUGUAAGAUGGAAGAUGGAAGAUGAGACACGAUAUAAUUUUUUGGAGUCAAGCUGGAAAUGGCAAGAGAACCAGGCGUUCUGGUUUAUAUUUACUUUUGGUUUAGCUUGGUUCGGUUUGCUUUGCGUAGGUCUCAUGGUUGGGGAAAUAUAUAUAUAUAUAUACUCGAGUAUAUUU